GAUUAGCGCUGGGUCCGCAGCGAUCUUAAUGAGUUAGGUAAAGAGACGGAGAGCAGCGUAGCGCAGUUAGAUGGGACGGGAAGGGAGGCUGUGUGGAGGAUACCGAGAGAGAGAGAGAGAGGGGCUGCAAAAGGAGGUUGCCGGCAAGUUCAGGGAGCAGGGCAGGCGGGGUGCAAUGUUGGCGGGGGAGGGUGAAGUCCUUCUCGUCGGUCGUGAGGGUGCAAAGCGGAAUGGUUCUUCGAAGAUCUACUUCCUGAUGCUGCUGCUCCUGGUCGAUCAGCUGCGCUGUGCCGAGGGCGAGAGGCUCCGGCCCGGCUGGAGGAGACGAGAGAUCCAGCACCGGCCCCACAAGCCCUCGUCGGAAUCCGUGGCCAUCGCCUACCUCUCCAAGAGAGACCACACGCUCAGCGGCAAAGAAGGGUGCAGGGACGAGGUGGAUUCACCUCGGGAUUUCAGCUCCCUUUCCUUGUCUCCCUGGAAAUACAGAAUCUGCACGGAUCCCAAUCGCUACCCCCCGACCAUCAGGAUGGCCGAGUGUCUGCGGAAAGACUGCAUCCUCCCAGGAACAGAGAGCCCCUCGAAUGUGCGCAGCCGCCUCGUCUCAAUCCCCCUCAGCUACACCUUGGAUGUCUGGUACAGGAGGCACGGCCUCAUCACCAGAGGAAGCUUAACCGUCCCCAUCGGAUGUACCUGUGUCAGAGAGAGGCACUUGGGGAGAGGGUGAAGCUGUGAAACUCGGCCCCUCUUUCUCUGCCUCUCCCUAUUGGUCCCCAUCUCUACCUCCCCUCUCCCUAUUGGUCCCCAGUCUCUUA